UCCGGCAAGACCGCAGGGUAACUGACAAUUGACAAGUGAACUGAAUAAUGAAUACUGAUAGUUGUGGUUGUCUUAAUUCAGAGGAAUUAGAAUAUUGAAUUAAUGAAUGGUUUUUUAAGUGUUAUCGUUGAUAAGAUUUACGAUUUCACGUUUUAAGACCUAUUAUAGUUUAUGAUUUAUAAUAAUAAUGAAUAAUAAUGUACUUAAGUCAACAAUGGGAUCGUGUGUCGACAUUACGGAUUUUAAAUGUACAUCAUUUUGCAAUCUCCGUGUUUUCAAUGAAGGACAGCAGUUUAAUGGAUCUACCAGUUUGGUUGUUAGUUCGAAUCGCUACGGAAUUACAUUUGUCGCAUAUCCAAACCAUCUAUGCUUAAUUUUUAUGAAUGAUGUGCGGCAACUAGUUGGAGAUUUUGGAAUUGAAAAAAAUACACUUUCAAACUUUUUAAGGCGAGAAAUUGAGUUAAAUCACGUUCCAAAUUUUUUGGAUCUCAGUUGUGAUGAAGAUUACUUGGCGGUUGCUGGAACUAUUAAUUUCAAACCUUUGAUUCAAAUCUAUCAUAUUGAAACUUUGAUAUCACAAAGUCAGGUAACCCCAUUGGUAUGUAUUGAUAUUGAGUCUACUCAGUAUUCACACGUUGUCGAUAUGUUGUGGAAUCCUGGUGUACAGAACUCGUUGGCAUGCUGUUUAUCUGAUGGAUCGUUACACGUAAUCGAGUUAAAAACUGACCAAAGUUACAGUAUUGUAAACUUACCUCCACAGUCGAAUACUCUGUGUUUGAGUUGGAGCCCUAAAGGAAAACAAAUUAUAAUUGGCAGUUUAAAUGGUUCAUUAACACAAUAUAAACCUGAGCUUAAAGCUGUAAAACAAUAUUCACCACCUUCUGAUAUUGCUGCUAGUGUGAAACCAAUUAAAGUAAAAUGGAUAUCAAAUUUUCAGUUUGCUGUAGUUUAUGAUUUAAAAGACAAUUCAGAUGAUCAGCCAAGUCUUUAUAUUGUUAACACUCCGAAAAAUGCCCCUGUAGAAUUCAUCAACUUUGAACAAUUUGUUAUCAUGAAUUCAGAGCAGUAUAGAAUUAAUCAAUACUAUACAAUUUUUCAACAGAAUUGGAAUUUACUUUUUGUGGCAUCUUCAAAUUGUACUGAGAUUGGCGUUAUGGGAACGAAUAAUGAUGGGCACUGGCAAUGUUGGACGUUGGAAAUGCGACCAGAGUUGCCUUAUAGACUUGAUAAACAAAUGUAUCCGUUAGGAAUUUCCUUAGAUCUUUCUUCACAAACACGAAUAAAACAAAUAUCAAAAUCCAACGAAGAAACGUUUCUCAAUCCAAUGCCAGUAUUGUGUGUACUAUCAAGCGACGGUGUGCUAUUUAUGUAUCAUAUUGAAAAUCAAUUACCGAAUUACCAAAAUAUAUGUAAGGCCGCCAUGGAAAUACCAGAUAAUGUAGUGUCACAAUUAUUUUUGACUACUUCUAAUGCAAAAGUAAUCCAGAAUAAUGAUCAAGAAAUUAACAAAGUUGAAGUAACUGUGAAAAAAGAAUUACAAAAUGAUAAUGAGUCAGCAAAUAAAGUGGGUGAUCACAACGAAUCAAUUCUUGCUACCUAUUUAGAAACAUCUACGUCUUCUCAACUCGAUCAAAUUGAUAUAAUUAGUUCUGUUAAAACAUCAGCUAUAAACUCUCACGUGGCUGUUACCUCUUCUGCUACAAUUGCGCCUUCACAAACUAUUAAAAAUCAAUCUAUUCCAACUGACAACAAUGAAUCUCCAGAUUGUAUUAGUAUUAAUGCUAGUACCAAUGAAAUUUUGUUAAAAGAAGUUAUGGAAGAUGUCGGGUUAUUUCAGUGUCAAUUAGAAAAUGCAUUAAAAUUGUCAUCAAACUGUCAAAAACUUAAAAUUGGCGAUGAUAAAGACAAAGAAACUCUAGUAAAAAAAUGGACAUCGUUAGAUUUAUUUUUUAAAGAACUUAAUGAAACUAAUCGUUCUCAGUGGGCAGAAACUAAAGCUUUACAAAAAGCAGUUUUAGAUGCAACCGCUUGGGUUGAAGAUUCAAAAUCUCGUUUGUUUUUUUUAAAGAAUCCAAAGUAUAAAUGUUUGCUGAGAAAUGAUAACGAUGAACCAUUUAGCAAAAUAGUUUUUGAUAAUAUUGAGCGAACACUGUACUAUAUCGAAACACAAUUGACACACGUUGAUGAUCAAUUACAAUCCAGAUAUGACUUCUACAGUUCAAAUACCAAGGAGUUAAAAAUACCUCGUUUGGAGACUAUAUAUAAAUCGCUAGUAGUAAACACUAAUAUAGUAAACAAAUUGAAAGAAAAAAUUAAUUGUUUGUGUGAUGAUGUUGAAGAAGUAAAACAUAAAACGUAUAAAAAGUUAUCGCUUGCACCUGAUGUUGUACAGAAUACGUCAAGAUUAAACGAUUCUAGGGAUACUGGUUUGUCUAAACUAUCCGAACAAUUAUUAAAAAUUACAUUAGACAAAGAUGGUUUGUCUGCUAUUAAUUCAUAUAAUGUCGCUAAAAAAUACUCUGUAUUGUCAGCCAAUCAGCGUGCACUUUCCAACGCAAAAGUCAAUAAACUUCAAGAAUGGUUAAAAGAUUUCAAAACGAGAAGAACAAAAAAUAAAUCUAAAUAUGCUUUUUUAACAUGCUAUAAUAUGAUUGAAAAUAAGUGGCUGAUAAAGAACAAGCCCGAUUUGACAAUAAAUACAAAACCUUUAACAUUUUCAAAUACACAACAAACUAGCGUUGCUACAAUAUCAUCUCAACCGCUCAAUUCAGAAAAUAAAUGUGCUAAUAUGGUCGAUUCAUUUUCAUCUAUAAGCAAUGUUCCAAUUGUCAAAGUCAAUGCUAUUACAACUACCAUGAGCUUAAAAACUACAAACAUAUCUACUACCUCAACAAUGUUUAGUAUCUCUAAUAACGCAACUAGUACACCUUCGAUUGUAAAUACAUCUAAAAGUUCUAAUACUUUACCUAUGUUUGAUAAAAAAACAAGUACAGACAUUAAGACCACUCCAUGUAUGUCAACUGCAUCGACAGUUUUUGGCGGUUCUAUGAAUACAUCCACUGCACCUUUCAGUUUUAAUACUUCUGCUAGUGCUAAUACUUUUGCUAUGUUUGGAAAUAUAAGUAACGAACUAGGAACUACAGCGCCAGCAACUUUUUGUGCCUCUAAAAACAUGACCAGUGGAACUUCGAUUUUCAAUUCAUCUAAAACUACUAAUACUUCUUCUGCCGUCUUUGAUAAUUCGACUAGUAUAGCAUCUGGAACUACUACAAGCACAUCAACUAUUUUUGGCUUUUCUAAAAUUAAUACAACGGGUACAUCUUCAAUUUUUAACACAUCUAAAACUGCUAAUACUCCUGUAAUCUUUGGUGGUAUGACAGGUGCGUCUAACGGAACAAAUGCAAAAUCAUUCACUGCGUCAACUAUUUUCGGUUUGUCUACAAAUUCAACCAGCACGCCUUCAAUUUUCAACACAACUAAAACUUCUGUUUCUCCUGUUAUAUUUGGUAAUACAACAAGUACGAAUAAUGUAAUCUCUAUAAAUUCGGUUACUACUUCGACAAUUUUUAGUCCCGCUGCAAGUACAUCUAGCGCGCCUUUGAUUUUCAACACAAUUAAAAGUACUAGUACUCCCACAAUCUUUGGUAGUACAACGAGUGCAGUAGAUGUUGGAUCCACUACAAAUUCACUUUCUACAUCAAACAUUUUUGGUUCGCCCGCUAGUACAACGCCAAGUAGCUCUUCUAUUUUUAAUACAGCAAAAACUACAGGCACUCCAAUAAUAUUUGGUAAAGCAACGAGUACUGACGAUACUUAUACUUCAACUCAACCUCUAAUAUUUUCAAAUACUGAACAAAAUAGUGUCGUAAUUAUAUCUGAACCAUCGACACCAGAAAACGAAUGCCCUCCUGCUAUUGAUUUAACUUCUGUAAGUAGUGUACCGAUUGUUGAAAUUACAGAUACAGAAACUACUACUAGUACUACUACAUCGACAAUUUUUGGUUCUUCCAAAAAUACAUCAGUUUUUAAUACAUCCGAUGUUGUUGGCAGUACAACAAGUACAUUGUUCGGACCAACCACAAGUUUAACAACAGCAUCUACAAUUUUUGGAGGUGACUCUAAAAUCAUGUCCAAUACACCUUCAAUUUUUAAUACAUCUGUAAAUACUAGUUCAUCUUCUAUAUUCGGCAAUACAACAAGUACUGUUAACAGUUGUACUACAAGUUCACUUACCACGUCAACAAUUUUUGGUUCUUCUGUAAAUACAACCAGUGCGCCUUCGAAUUUUAACACAUCUCAGAGUACUAGUACUCUUGCAGUAUUUAGUACUUCAACAAACACAAAUUUUGAAACUGCAACAAAUUUAUCAACCACGUCAACAAUUUUUGGUACCCCUAAAAAUACUAGCGGUAUGGAAAUAAGGAAAACAUCCUCUAUUUUUGGUUCUCCUUCAACAACAACAGCAGCGGCUUCCAGUGGACUAUUUGGUUCUGUUGCUGCAGCAGCUAAUCAAUCGUCUUCAUUUGGUCAACCUACCUUGGGUUUUAGUUCACCUGAAUCAGCAUUAAACAGUAGCAGUUUAGGUUUUGGAGCGCCUCCAGUAUUUGGAAGCUCUACGUUUUCAAAUCCAUCAGGAUUUGGCCAAGCUCCUGUAUUUGGGGGAGCAGCGACAUUUGGCUCGAAUGCUUCAUCUCAGUUUAAUACAUUUGGCCAGUCUACUAAUCUACCAGAAUCCGGAACAUUCGGGUUUGGUGCUGCUACUCAACAACCAUCAACUGCAUUUGCAUCAUUGGCUGCACAAAAUAACACACCAGCAUUUGGCAAUUUACCACAAAACCAAAAUACAGGGUUUUCAUCUGUAUCUACUUUUGGUCAACAACAACCAGGUUCUAAUUUUUCAAGUCCGUCUGCGUUUGGUCAAGCGCCUGUAUUUGGUGGAGCAGCAACAUUUGGUUCAACUGCCCCAUCACAGUAUACAUUUGGCCAAACUACCAGUUUACCAGAAUCUGGAACAUUCGGUUUUGCUUCUGCCGCCCAACAGCCAUCAACUGCAUUUGCAUCAUUGGCAGCACAAAAUAAUACAUCAGCAUUCGGAAAUUUACCUCAAAACCAAAGUUCUGGUUUCGCAUCUCCAUCAUCUACUACUUUUGGUCAAUCACAACAACAACAAACAAGUCCAUUCAAACCACAAGGAGCACAUUUUGGAGGAAGCUCAUUCAGUUCUUGGCGCUAAUUAACAAGAAAAUAAAUAAAACAACUGUAAUGUACAACAAACCCGUUAUUUAUCCAUUGUAAUUAAAAAUGUAGUAUUUUAGUAUUAGAUUUAUUUUGUUGUGUUUAAAAUAUACACUGACUUAUUUAUCAAGAUUUUUGAUAUUGUUAAAUAGCUCUUAAUAUACUUAUACAUUUUUAUACUAAA